AUGAGCACUUCACCCCAACUUAUCAUGAAAUCUACACGCCUUGCAGUGGUCCAGCUUGGGCGUAUAGGCGCAGACAAGCAGCACAAUUUGGCGCACGCACGAAACGAAGUGCUCCGCGCCACCCGCGAGGGCCCGCUCCGUGGCGCCGACAUGGUCAUCCUCCCAGAGUGCUUCAACUCGCCGUACGGUGUCGAUCACUUUGAACAUUACGCGGAAUCUCUUUCGGGCUUGUACGACGCACUAAAAACGCGCGGCGGCACAGCUGUGGCGGAAGGUGGCGCGCGUGCUUGGCCUAUUGAUAACAAGGACGAAGAGCACCCGGUAACGCUCACACCAAAUGUGCUGGAAAGGAGCGAGAGUUUGCGUAUGCUGAGUGAUGUUGCGAAAGAGGCUGGCAUUGUGCUGGUCGGUGGCAGCAUCCCCGAGCGUGACGACAAGACGGGAUGUCUUUUCAACACGAGCGUUGUGUUUGACAAGCAAGGUCGUGCGAUUGGAAUUCACCGAAAACUACACCUGUUCAACAUUGACAUCCCCGGCAAGAUGACAUUCCAAGAGAGUAAGACGCUUGCGGCUGGUGACGCAAUUACUCUAUUCGAUUGCGAAUACGGACGGUUUGGCCUCGGAAUUUGCUACGAUAUGCGUUUUCCCGAGCCUGCACUUAUCUCUGCGCGACUCGGCGCAUGUGCGAUGCUCUACCCGGCGGCAUUCAACACCACGACGGGACCUGUUGCAUGGGAGCUUUUGCUUCGCUCGCGCGCUCUGGACAACCAGCUCUACACGGUUGGCUGCUCGCCCGCACGGCCCACCGAGGGCUACCCUGCAUGGGGCCACAGUACCGUGGUUAACCCGCUCGGCACGGUUAUUGAGACCUGCGACGAGAAAGAAACGAUCAUCUGGGCAGAACUUGACCCUGCGUGCGCGCAAGACGUGCGCAAAACCGUGCCGGUCUCGUCCCAGCGUCGCUUUGACGUGUACGGCGACAUUGCCAAGUAA